AUGACUUUCAUCUUCACAUCUUACUUCGAACGGUUUCCCCACUUCGACCACCAGCCUCGUCAGAGCAUCCGUAUAGAGUUCACUCGCCUCGCAAAAACCCAUAAGUGGGAUUCUGAAGAGACAAAGCGCGAGAGGGUAAACUGCUACAAUGAAGAACUGGAAGGCCAUUUCCACCGCCUCAGCAUCACCGACCAGCUUGGAAGCCUCAAGCACCUCUGCAGUGAGCUCGAUGUCAAGCCACGUAACACUGUUGAUGGAUGCAGAAAGAUCCUGAGGUACACCCAUGUCAACCUUGUCGACCUUAUGGAUGCUCGCCGCGACGAGAACACGAAGGUCAAGAAGUUCAAGACUUACAAGGAGCUUAGAGACUACAGCCACAAGACUAAGAAGUUCUACCCCCUGGACGAGACUAAGGGCGAGACUAUCGAGGUCCCUCUGAGAAAGCUCAAGACACCCAAGAUAUAG